GCGGGGCUCUCGUAGGCCGCCCGGCUCCCAGGUGACGCACAUCCCUCGCCGCCGUCCGUCGCACGGAGACCGGAGUUCGAGUCCCCGCUCCGGCCGCCAUGGCCGCCCCGGAGGCUGAGGGCGGCUGCGGCCCGCGCCUGGCCCCGCUGGGCCCCGAGCAGCUGCGGCGCGUGCUGGAGCUGGUGACGCGGGCGCAGCCGCCCCCGGUGGUGCAGCGGGACGCGGCGCAGCAGGCUGCCCUGCGGCGGGGCCCCGGCCCCGAGUCCCCGCGCCCGCUGCCGCCCCAGCAACUGGGAGCCAUCUGUGUCAAGGUGACAUCUGGAGGAACAAGAGGUCUCGAGAGGCCAGUGCCCCCCCUGGCCACCACCCGGCCCCACACCGUGCGUCUGGGCCCGCUACCUGGGAGGAGCCACAUCCUGGUGGAGCGGCACAGCCCAGGCUCGCAGCUGCCGAGGGGACAGCCCCAGGCUCCUCAGGCGUCGUUGCGGCCGGUCCUUGCCAAUUCUCCCCCAGCACAUGAGGCUGCCAGCGACCGGGGCCCCACCUUGUGCACUGAGAAGCUGAAGAGGUCCUUCAGAGUGAGAACUCGCUCUGGGCGCAUCUCUCGCCCUCCCAGAUACAAAGCCAGGGAUUACAAGUUCAUAAAGACGGAAGACUUGGCAGAUGGGCACGUGUCUGACUCCGACGACUACUCAGAACUGAGUGUGGAAGACGACGAGGACCAGAGAGCAGAGCAGGCGCUCUUCGACCUAGGCAGCUGCUCCCUGAGGCCCAGAACAUUUAAGUGUCAAAGCUGUGAAAAGUCAUACAUCGGAAAGGGUGGCCUGGCCCGGCACUUUAAACUCAACCCUGGCCAUGGUGUGCUGAUGGUGCCUGAGCAGGCCAACGCAGGCCUAACGCAGCGCUGCAUGGGGACAGGAGCCACGGGCUGCACCUCCCCAGAGCGACCUGCGCCUGCCAAAGAAGGGGCCCUGGCCCGCUGUGCCAUAGGGGCGGAGCCAGCACGGCACAGCCUACAGGUAACUGCCUGCCUGGGUGGCAGGUGCAGGUCCUGCCCCCAUCCUCAGAUUAACCUGACAGCCUGUGGGGGUCCAGGCCCUGACUUGAGUGGAGCCAGAGUCACAUGGCAGGGGAUCCGCUGUCUGCCCAGCUGCCAGACACCAGCAAUUGGUCAGUCAGUCGAAGCUGAAGAGGUACUGCUGACAGAGCCGGAAAACCAAAUUCCUUCAGCUCUCCUGAGGUCACAGAGCCUCCCGGGAGCCCGAGGAACUAGGUGCCCUGAGACUCCUGCGGAGCCCUUGGCCGCUGUUGCCCCACCCCGGCUGGGCACUACUGCAGCCAGGCGGCCACGACUCCUGUGCUUUCCUCGCACACUUCUUGAGCAGUCUGACCAGGAGGACCUGCUGCAGCUGGCCCUGCCACAGCUGGCUCGCGCCGUGACCCUCUAUGAGUUUCUGCUGUUGAAGGUGCUGCAGCCUAGCCCUGCCCAGUCUGCUCUUACCUCUGACUCAUGCAAACUGGUUGAAGAGGGUCGUCUUGCCAAACCCCUUUUUCCGGCCGUGUACAAGGAGUUUGAGGAGCUGCAUAUGAUGGUGAAGAAGCUCUGUCAGGAUUACCUUGGAAGCUGCAGUCCGAGUCCCCAGGAGCCCCUGGAAAUCAACGACAGGAAGGUGGCUGAGUCCCUGGGAAUCACCGAUGAAUUCCUGAGCAAACAAGAAAUGCGCAUGGGUCACCCUGCUCUCCAGCGCACCAGCCCAGAGACAGGUGGCGAGCGGCCAGAGGGAGCCAGCGGACAGAAGAGGGGCGGUGAGGUAUGCAUGGGGUCCGGAGGGCCAGUUCCUCAUGGAGCUGAAGUGUGGGCUUGCCAGGUCUUCCUCAUCUGUGCUUAUGGCGCUUUCUCUUCCCAGGCCACAGACCUGCAGGCUUCAGUGAAAAGGACUUGCACUGCAGCUCCGCCCGAGGACACUGCUGAAGCUCCUGCUGCCCAGGGCCCAGGCUGCAAGCAGCCCGCACCCUCGGGUGCUCCAGCUGCCCGGGAGGGUUCCGCCCCUGCAGCAAAGGGCAAGGUCACUGCCCACGUCGAGGACAGUCAGGAGGUGGCCAUCCAGGAGGGCAGCAGCAGCACACUGUGCGCGGGUCAGCAGCUGGAGCAAGUUACUGAAAUGCAGAUCCAGAGCGGGUGUGCGGGCCCUGUUCUCCCUUGCCUGGAUUGCAGUGGAUCAGCUGUUCAGAUUCAGCUGAGAGAGCCAGGGUGUCCUGGACAGAAGGUUCAGGAACAUUCUUCAGGCCAGGACACUGGGGUCAGCAUGAGGGGUCCAGCUGCUUGUGGCACACCAUUAACACAUGGAGGGGCAGGGUCUCUGCUGCCUGGCAGUCCUCAGUGUGCACAGGACGGACACCACAGGAUGCACCAUGUCCCCCCAAGCCACCAGCAGGCCGGGGCCAGCCCCAUCCUGUGGACAGGGGCCUCGGCCCCACCCCUUGAGAAAGCCCUGUCCCAGGACUGUGUGCCAGUGGACUAUGCCUGCAGGAUGCUGUCUAAGCCAGGGCCUUAGCUGGGCAAGGACAAAUUGCUGCCCACCAAAGUGGGUCUUGAAGGCCACAUAAGGGACUUGAACCAGCCCUCCUGUGGCCUGGAGGGCAUGGUGGCUGUGGGUGAAGCUGUGGCUUCCAAAAUCCCUGGUGGGGGCAAUGAGCUAUUGUCUCCAGAACGGGAUCAGAUCUGUAUUCAGAUGUCCCAGCCCAGUGUCCUGCCAGCUGUCACCCCGGGGGCUGUGCUGCAGGGGAGGGUGGCUGAAGGUGUCCCAUUGGCAGCUGUGGACACACUGCUCAUUGUGCAGAGCCUACCCAGUGACAAGGAGCAGAACCAGGACUCUGGACUGGUCUGUGUUUGAGGCAAACAAGGCCUUUUUCCAACAAUAUAUUUUUCUAGAUACUCAUA